AUGUAUCAAGCGGCAGUGUUCAUCCACCUGGCAUCGGCGAUCGUUUGGAUCGGCGGCAGCCUGUUCUUGGCGUUGGUGCUGAUCCCGGUGUUGCGGAGAUUUGCGCCCCCACCCGGCCAGACGCCGGUGCUUCCUCCGGAUAUGCUCGGCACCCUGGCGCGCCGCUUCAGAGUGAUUUCGUGGAUUUGCAUCGUGCUGCUGGUGGCCACCGGGCUGUACAUCCUGCCCACGCGCUACGGGAUUGGGUUUGCCGAGUUUUUCAGCCUGGGCGGGCACUUUGCGGCGACGCUCCAGCUCAAGGUGGCGCUGGUGGCGGUCGUGAUCUGGCUGAGCGCGAUGCACGACUUCAUCAUCGGGCCGUACACCAACCGGCUGAUUGAGGCGAUGCUCGCGGGAGCCGAGCCGCCCGGUUACCUGCCCGCGCUCCGCAAGGCGGUGGUAUGGAUAGCCCGGAUCAACGUGCUGCUCACGAUCCUGAUUGUCGCGGUUGCUGUGACGAUGACGCGGGGAACGCCGGUUUAG